CACGAAACGCCAGAACAAAACUAGCCACAGAACGGAACACUCGGCACAGGACUACUUCCUGCGAGGUCCCGGCUCUUUAUAGAAACUCUGAUAGAUCAGCCGUUUGUUGCCGGUUUUGGUGCUUCGAAACGGUAAAGUUCGAUUUGGCGCCCAAAACGUUGUGAUACACAGUUAUGCUGGACUGAGACGCUUUUUUUGGAAUGGAGAACUAAGUUUUUCUGUUAAGAUUCGUGUUGAUAGCUUCGGAGAUUUACUACUGUGUCGUAAUUUGUGAUAACAAGUGAUUAUUGUGAUGGAAAACCUUGGAAAGUUCGGUCCGGGGACCACCACAAUCACGGUGCGUAGCAUUGCUUCGUUGAAUCCCUUGAAGCGGAUGAAGUUCAAGGAGAACCAAGUGUUGAUACCGAUAACGGCCUUUGCUUCUAACGAGGAUACGGAAGCUUUUGAAAAUACGUCACCGGUAGUGCUCAAACGGAAGAUUCCUCUGGGAACUUUGGGGAGUCUCGAGAAUGUUAUACUGAAUACUGGUACUGUCGAAGCCCGUAGACCUCUUGGGCAGCUGCAGACUACGGUAGUUCCAGUUUCGGGACCCGGAAGAAGGAAGAAUUCCGAUCCUAAAAGUGCAAUCACGGCUGUAGAACGACGGAAUGCUCGAGAAAGAAAUAGAGUUCAGCAAGUCAACAACGGGUUUGCAGCUUUGCGUCAAAGAAUACCUGAAGAAAUUGCUGAAGCGUUCGAAUCCGGUAGUAAUAGGGGAAUACACAAGAAGCUGAGCAAAGUUGAAACCCUGCGAAUGGCCGUGGAAUACAUUAAACGUCUGGAGAGAAUGCUAUCUUUGGAUUCGGAAAAGGAUUCUGAGCAGGGUGUCAUAUAUUCUCAGUCAUCUACCCCAGAGCAGAAUCAGCUUCCGGCAACUCCUCCUCCGGAACCUCAGCAACCUAACAACUUCUUCCUUGCCAUCAAACCACGUGCCAUGGUCAACUCCAACGGAGGACCAUCCCUGGACCAAACUCAGAUCACCAUCAUCAACGGCCAUCAGUACAUCCGUAUUCCGGGGACCAAUACCUUCCAAUACCUGGAUCCGGAAAGCCUUUACGAUGAAUCUCGCAACGAUAGCUCCUUCUUUGCCGACAACAGCUCGGUCAUCGAUCAGGAUGUUAUCCUGGAAGACUCCAGCGACCUGAUGAGCGAAUCUGUCAUAGCUCUUUCCCCACAGAGCAACUUCACCCUGGAUUCGGAAGAGAAGAAAGAUGAAGUCCUGUACCUUAACAACCAUUCUCCGGACCUCGAAGAUGACAAGAUCAUUUCGCUCAUCAACCAGCAGCAAUACACCGACAUCAUGAUGAUCAAGAGCGAACUGGAAGACGGAGCAGACCACGAAACCGAGGAGUCUCUGUUCCAGCGGACCGCCAACGAUUCGGCCUUCCUAGAGUCCAUCAACUGGUUCGAAUCGCACCAGCAACACCUUCCAGCGGAUUCCCUCAUGGACUAGCCAAUUCUCUUCCUUUCUUUUAAUUUUUGGAGCAACUUUUCGACACUCACACAUUCUUUAAAAGGAAAUUUAGUAAGAUCUAAGCAACCAAAAGUUCCUUAUAGACUUCAAUACGCGAUUUCAAAGUUCGAUAUUGGCUGAAUAAAGGUUCCUUAACGAAAUCAUUCUCAAUUAACCUUGAAUGAAUUUUGAAUACUCUUUAUUGAAAAGUGAACUUUUGAGGAAGUGUUCAAGGCACUUUUUGUUGCUUUGGAGACCACGAACGUUGUUUAAGCAAGUGACUUACUCAACGUUCUCUAGGAUUGAAAAUUUCAAUUUUUAUAUGCCAGAAAUUUGCCAGAAAAUCUCAUGGCUUUUAUCAUUCAAGUUUUUAAACGUUUCCAGUGCUGUGAAAAGUUGCUUCAAACAUUUUUCCAAACCUGAGGCCUUUCCCCCAAAACGCUAGCGAGCUAAACGCUCCUGUACAUACAGAACUAUUUAUAUAGCAUAAAGCCGAAUUUUAUUAAUCUAAUUAUACGAAAAUUUAAUUUAUUAACCCGGUCGGCGGUGGAGCUCCGUCAAACCACUUUUAUCUCCUCGGAUGAAAUAAAGCAACAGUCAACGAAUAAAGAAAC